GUCUUGAUCACAGGACGGCUGGAUUGAGACUUAGCUAGGUAAAAAAAUGAUUAUGAGUUGGGUACUUAUGAGUUGGGUACAAAUCAACCCUUAAUGAUGAUAGGUAUUAUGUAGGAGCCCCAUUCUAUUUGCAGUAUUAUAUUUGUUACCAUUACAACUUUAAUCAGAUUUGUGUGUGUCUGUUGCGAGAUUGUCUUUUGUCCAUGUAAAGCUACCGUAGUGUGGAGUAUGCUAACCACGAGUGUAAUGGCAUCGUGGUUGUUGUUGUUCGAGUCAAACGCAUAGCUUAGGUUUGCUCUGGGCUGUGCAAAAUAAAACCCUCUUUAAUGUGGAAUACGACUCGUGUCUUGCCUUCAUAUCAUGACAUGGUGUCAGAAUUAAAGACUUCACGUCAACAUUAAGGGCGAGAUGGCAAAGUUUGGACCUCCGGAGCCGUUCGACUUCUCGCAGCCGGCGGAGUGGCUUACAUGGCGGCAGAGAUUCUCCCGUUUCAGAGUCACAUCGAAACCGGACAAAGAGAGCGGCGAAGUGCAGGGGGACUCAUUCUUGUACUCAAUGGGGAGGGAUACCGAACCUAUUUACGGCUCGUUUGUGUUUCCUGCGGCAACCGAGGCCAUGCCGUAUUCAGAGUAUGAGUUAAAUCUAGUGAUGCAGAAAUUUGACGAACACUUUCCCGAACACUUCCCGAAAAGGAACGUCAUCCACGAUCGCGCCUGUUUUCACAAGCGGAGCCAAAGGGCCGGUGAGACAGUGGAAGCUUUCGUGCGGAGCCUGUACGAGCUCGCGCAGCACUGCGAGUUCGGUGCGGGGAAGGACGAGCAGAUCCGGGACCGGAUCGUCAUCGGAAUAAUAGACAAAGAGGUUUCUCAAAAACUACAGCUGGAGGCGGACGUGACUUUGGAGAGAGCCAUCCAGCUUGCACGGCAAAGUGAACAAGUUAAACAACAAAGUGCAGAGCAUCUGGAAACUACAGUGAAUGAGGUGAUAGGAAGGCCAAAAUUGACGAGGCACUGGUGAACAUGAUCGUAAAGGAUUCGCAGCCCUUCAAGGUAUGAUAUUUAUUUGCCACAUAAACGCAAAAAAGAAA